AUGAAGCCAUUCGAUAAAACACCACAGCCAGGAACCCAUAUUGUGUUACUGAAAACCAACAUGGUAUUCAAUGGAAAGGGAUUGUUUGCUGAAAAAUCCUAUCGGAGAGGAGAGUUUAUAGUGGAAUAUGCUGGGGACCUCAUCAGUCGCAAAGAAGGACUCCGACGAGAAAAGUCUUACCCUGCCAGGAGAGGAAGUUAUAUCUUCUUUUUUGUCUGGAACAGCAAAAAGUACUGUUUGGAUGCAACAGAAUCAUCCAGAAAAGGCAGAUUUGCCAAUGAUGCAGCACCUGGUGAUGUCCAUCGUAACGCUUCAGUUAAGUGUUUAUCCAGCGAAGGAAAACCAUAUUUGGCUCUCUUUGCCGAUAGAGAAAUAGAAAUCGGGGAAGAAAUAAGAUAUGACUAUGGGGUUCCAGAUCUUCCAUGGAGAAAGCAGGGUAAAGAAUGUAAAAAAGGAAAAAAAGAAACUUUUUGUGCGAAAAAAGAUUUGCCAUUAAAAGUGUGCAGAGUACUUGUCAAGAGACUACCAGUGAAUAUUGGGAAAGUGGUGUUUCUGUCUGAUUUAGUCAAGCAGCAAGGUGGCUUGCUGGAAGAAGAUAUUAAAGACGAAUCACAAGAAGUAGAAAUUAUACAAGAAUUGGCAGAAGAAGAUGUAGAGAAAGAGUCACAAGAACAGGAGGUUAUACAAGGAUUGCCAGAAGAAGAUGUUGAGGAAGAGUCACAAGAACAGGAGGUUAUACAAAGAUUGCCGGAAGAAGAUGUAGAAGAAGAGUCACAAGAACAGGAGGUUAUACAAGGAUUGCCAGAAGAAGAUGUUGAGGAAGAGUCACAAGAACAGGAGGUUAUACAAGGAUUGCCAGAAGAAGACGUUGAGGAAGAGUCACAAGAACAGGAGGCUAUACAAAGAAUGCCAGAAGAAGAUGUUGAGGAAGAGUCACAAGAACAGGAGGUUAUACAAGGAUUGCCGGAAGAAGAUGUAGAAGAAGAGUCACAAGAACAGGAGGUUAUACAAAGAUUGCCGGAAGAAGAUGUAGAGGAAGAGUCACAAGAACAGGAGGUUAUACAAGGAUUGCCGGAAGUAGAUGUAGAAGAAGAGUCACAAGAACAGGAGGUUAUACAAGGAUUGCCAGAAGAAGAUGUUGAGGAAGAGUCACAAGAACAGGAGGUUAUACAAAGAUUGCCGGAAGAAGAUGUAGAAGAAGAGUCACAAGAACAGGAGGUUAUACAAGGAUUGCCGGAAGUAGAUGUAGAAGGAGAUGUUGAGGAAGAGUCACAAGAACAGGAGGUUAUACAAGGUAAUAACUUAUGA